AUGGUUGGAGUGGUCAAUUGUACAAUCCAAAAUUCUGUUAGUGAACUAGAAUCAAUUAUGAAACUGCAUCAGACUUUGAUAAGCAUCAGGGGGGCUGCAAUAGAUUGUCUUAAUGAGGCUGGAUAUAGUACAUCAAUUAGAACAAAACAUCUGGAUUGGAUUAAUCCAACUGCGACUACAUCAAGUAAAAAGAUCACAAAUCUAAAAAUCCUUAAAGAAUUAAGUUCAUAA